AUGAUAAUCAUCUCGGAAUAUUUUCAAGACAUACAAGACUUUGUUAAUUUAGAGUUAGUGAGCAAAAAAUAUCAAGACAACAUGGAAAAGUUCAAUUACAACCCGAUUCCAUUAACAAAGAAAACGAUUGCUUAUUUUCCUAACAUCGAAACAUUAAACUUAUGGAGCACAGAAGAUGAGAGCUUUGGUAUUUCAAUAACUCAAACUUCGAACAAAGGUCUUUCCUUUCUAUUUAAAAACUCAACCAAACACUAUAAGUUUCAAAAAAUUGUCGUGUGGUUUGAAGUCGACGUGAAAACAGCAAGCAAAAACACCAACCCAAAAAUUCAAUACAAAAACGUACCAUUUCGAUCUGUUGUUACUGUUGGUAAUCACUCUUUCGAUGGGUGUUUCAGUCUUACUAGUGUUUCAAUUCCAUACAGUGUCGUCUCUAUUGGUAAUUUUUGUUUCAACGAAUGUAGUAAUUUGCGCACAGUGACUCUAUCAGCAAGUACUUUAAGACUUGGAGAUUUUUGUUUCAACAAGUGUUCCAAUUUGAGUCAAAUUAAACUUCCUUCCACUUUAAAAACGUUCAAUUCUUUAUAUCACAACAACUGCGGAGAUUUGGAGGAUUUUGAUCAAAUAGAAGAGUCUGGAAAAGAAGUCUUUUUCAUUGGACCAAAUAUACCAAAUCCGUAUAUCAUUUGGGUGUAUUGUUUUGUACUCUUUCCUAAACAAAUCAGUGAAGAACCUUUAUUCACACAAUAUGGGUCUUUAUAUGAUUUAAUGAGAAAUAAAAAUUCGUAUGAUAUCGACACUAUAAUGAAAGUAAAAUUGAUGUUGGAUACCGCUAAAGGGUUGUCGUAUCUUCACGAAUUUGGAUUUGUACACUGCAAGUUGUCGUCGUUUCAUGUGUUUGUCAAUUCACUUGAUUUUAAAGACGAUGUGAAUGGAAAGUUAACUUUAUUUAACAAUUAUAAAGAUCUUUAUUGUUUAUUGAAAAAUGUCGAUAAUGGAUUUGAACCGUCAGUGGGUUCUGGGAUACCAGUUUAUAUGGCACCGGAAUUAACUGACUCUAAACCCACUACGGCUUCUGACGUGUUUGCGUUUGCAAUUAUAAUUUUGGAGUGUUUAACAUGGAAAAAUGCAUAUAACGAGAAACAAUUUAAAUAUCCAUCAAAGAUUAUUGGUUUUGUUAAGAAUGGAAAUCGACUUCCUAUUGAUAUUGAUAAUGACGACAUAAAGAUUUUAAUAGAAGACAUGUGGAAACAAGAAUCACAAUAUAGACCAAAUAUUAAUACCGUUGUAGAUAGACUUAUAAAAAUCUAUAAUGAAUUCAACUGA